CCGCAUGGAUACACAGACCGGGAACAGGCGCUCCGGAGAUGCACGCACGAUGCUGGAGUCUGCGCGGAGCCGCAAUGAGAGUUAACGCAUCCAAGUUUCGAGAGUUCCUGUUAUCAGCGUCGUUGCACUAAACAAAGACUUUGGUUUCUCUUUUCUCUUUCUCUCUCUCUGUCUGAGAGAGGGGGGGCUCUCAGGCUGUCUGCGUUUUUGUCCGAGGCGUUUCUCGCACAGGAUGUUGAUGAUAUUGGAAAGCCGGGUAAGAUCAUAAAGUCAGUUCUCUUGAUGAGAACGACCUCUUCUUCACCGCCGCUAAACAAAGGGAACCUCGGUACAAGUACUUUUUUUUUAACCCCCCCACCCACCGCCCACCCCCCCAAAAAAGCCAUCAUUUUAUUUUAUUUUAUUUUUUGAAUGUCAUUAAGAAGCAGAGGGGGUUGUUUCAAAGACAAAAUGGAUCACUUUGCAGCAGAGUGCCUUGUUUCAAUGUCCAGUCGUGCAAUUGUUCACGCUCCUAAAGGCAACAGGGAGAUUAAACCCGAAAUCCCAUCCUCACCCAAGAACGGAGAGGAAAUAAAAGAUCCCCUGGUGAAGGAUAACUCCUCGCUUUUCGUGGUCGCACGGAUUCUGGCGGAUUUUAACCAGCAGACUCCCGACAGUGUUGCCGAGCAGGCAAAAAUAAAGGAUGAGAGCAUGUCGAUCCUCAUAGAUGAUGGAAACUCUGCCACACCUACCACCAUCAACGAUCCUUCGCCCAAACAAAGAGGCAAAAGACCGAGAGGUCGAAUUGAGCAAGAACCACCUCAGAAAAAGCACAAAUGCCACUAUUCAGAUUGCGAAAAAGUUUAUGGCAAAUCAUCCCACCUCAAAGCCCAUCUAAGGACACACACAGGCGAACGACCCUUCCCAUGCACUUGGCCCGACUGCAGUAAGAAAUUUGCCCGGUCCGAUGAGCUGGCCCGCCACUACCGCACCCACACAGGGGAGAAGAAGUUCGGCUGCCCACUUUGCGACAAGCGCUUCAUGCGCAGCGACCACCUGAUGAAGCAUGCCCGGCGUCACUCAGACUUCCAGCCCGGCAUGCUGAAGAGGCCCCACGGCGGCAACGCCAAACGCCCCAGCUCGCUUAGCGACUACAGCCGCUCGGAUGCCUCCAGCCCCACUCUCAGCCCCACCCUCAGUCCAGCCAACUCGCCUUAAACUGAAACCCGGACGCACUUUUCUGCCUCCAUACGUUGAGGCCCAUGUUUUUUUCAUCUUAACACUUUUGUUGCACAGUUGCCAGCAACUGAACGCCCCGCCCUCCCCAAUGCUUUGCUGUUCCCGUGCUUGCUGUGGUGUACCAUACUGUACAUAACUGCUAAUUGUAGUGCAAUUACUUGUGUGAUCCUUAAAGAAGAUAAUGCCUUUCCCGGAUGGUGAUAUCUACGUUCUGUACCACAUGUCUGUACUUUUUGUUUUUUCUUUUCUUAGCUUCUGAUCAUGGCUAGUUGUUCAACGUAUGUUUGCAGUUUAGACGGAGAAAAGAACAGACAGACUCCCUGAUAAGUCUUAUCAAAAACGUUUUUUUUGUUUUUUAAGUAUUGUUUUUUUGGGUUUGUGUUUUGAACAGGUUGGAAGAAGGGGUACACAUACACACACACACCUCAGGAUUGAAGACACUUACGAUUUCCGUAAUACCACAGUACUUAAAAGUACACACAUCGACUGCACAAUAUACUCAUCACUUUACUCUGAAAUUCAACGGGGGUUGAAUUUUGUGCCCUGCUCAGGGAUGGCCUUGUUAGCUUGAAAGAAUGAACAUGGUGAAGAGAAACACACAUUACAUAUAUCGCAGCCUUACACUUACAACACGAUUUGCACUCUAUACUUUUCAGUUGGCUUUCAAGGAAAUUAGCCGUUCAGUUAUGUGGUUAUUUAUACCCAAAAGUCCUGCCCUCUGUUAUGUUCGUCAUUACAGCGUUUUUUUUUUUGGAGAAAACAAUCAUAGCCCUCAGCGUGAGAAGGAAAAUACAUCUGUAAUGUUGGAAACACUGGCGUUACGCUUGGUUCGGUGUGCUCUGCGUUACUUAGUUGUAUUCAGGUUAACGUGCGUGGGAGGAACGUGAGAUCGGGUUAAUAGUUAUUAUAAACGGACGUAUUAGUGUAAACAUUUUCUGAACCUUUACAAAGAGACAGUUUCAAAGCAGCUGUUCACGCUCAAAGAAAAAUGCCGUCUCAUCGGUGAGGGUUUGUUCCCAAAGUGGAAACAAAGGGACUAAAGUUGAAAAAGUUGCCCAUCUCUAAAGCACAGAGGGAAAAUGACCAAAGAAAAGAGUGAAUGAAAGAGUUUUAUUCAUUCCUGAAGCUGCCCUGCGCAGAGGCCUGCCGCUCUUUGGCAACAACACAGGUAGAGCCAGACGCCUGCUCACUUUUCAACUCCUGCCGCCGCCUUUGGUGGCUUCCUCGAAGGGAAACAGCUGCACCCAAAAGAAUCUUUGCGCUGCCUUCGUGGAAGGAUUGCUCGCUUGACAUUCCCCAAGCAGUCCUUCCUAUUCAGGCUCUACCUGUCCCGUCAAGGCAGCGAGGCGCCGAGCCUGCCAAACUACGCGGAGGCUGCCUAAUUCGGAGGUCAAAUUCAGGCCAGAGCGUUAGGCAAGGACUGAGCUGGGUUGGGCUGUUGCAUCUCCAGCUCGGAGGGGGACAAAGGAAAUAUCUACGACAAGCAGGCAAGAGAGGGCAGGUCCUGAUAAAAGAGGAGAGGUUUAUCACCAGCUGAACAGCACAAAGGAGGAGACGCGCAGUCGCAGACACCCUUGUUUCCUCCUCCUUCCCCUCAACCCCCCCACCCCUCUGCCAGCAUAAAAAUGGCUGUAAUUAGUGGCUUUAUCUAAACUGUGGGAUUAAAGGAGAAAAAGGAGAGGUGUAUGAACAACAUUUGUAUGUAGACAACACCCACACCAUGGGUGGGAUCUGCCCCACUCCAAUCUAAGCACAAACAGAAUUCCUUCUGCUCCUGCCGGAGAGUCGGAUUUCACAACGCCAAGGAAGCCGUCUCUCCAGGCUCCCGCCGAUAAACCCCAACUCCCAAACAGCUGCUUUCAAACUUUCCUCUCACAACAAGGGAGGCUUUUUACGCCGUUGUGAAAACAUCUGAACCAAAAUGAGCAUAUCAGCAAAGCGCAGAGCUUGAUUAACCCCCCCCCCCCCCCCCCCCCC